CUGGGAAAAUCUUUACGAUUACUCACUUCUCUUGGUCCAUCCCAUCCCUACUUCACGAAAACCAAUUCAACCGAAAGGUCAAACUCGGCCCAGAGAAGAGUUUUAUGAGAUUUCAACCCAAAACCAAUUCGCAAUUUGCUGCUAGAUGGCGACAUUUGCAGACAUUGGACUUGCUGCUGCCAUUAAUAUUCUUACUGCAGUAAUUUUCCUUGUUGCGUUUGCGAUUCUACGGCUCCAGCCAGUUAAUGACAGAAUCUAUUUCCCAAAAUGGUAUCUUAAGGGUUUGAGGGACAGCCCUACACACUCCGGGGCAUUUGUGAGGAAGUUUGUCAAUCUGGAUUGGAGGUCUUAUGUGAGGUUCUUGAACUGGAUACCCUAUGCCCUCAAAAUGCCUGAACCGGAGCUCAUCAAUCACGCUGGACUUGACUCUGCUGUGUAUUUGAGGAUUUACUUGUUAGGGCUUAAAAUCUUUGUACCUAUGGCAUUGCUCUCAUGGGUUAUCCUUGUACCUGUUAACUGGACCAAUAACACAUUGAGACGAUCUGAGUUGACUCAUAGUAACAUUGAUAAUCUUUCUAUUUCAAAUGUUCCACUUGGAUCGCCAAGGUUUUGGACUCAUAUUGUAAUGGCCUAUGCGUUUACGUUUUGGACAUGCUAUGUCUUAAAGACAGAGUAUGCAAAAGUUGCAGAUAUGCGUCUCAAGUUUCUUGCUCUUGAAGGACGCCGUCCUGAUCAAUAUACGGUCCUUGUGAGAAAUGUUCCUCCAGAUCCAGAUGAAUCAGUCAGUGAAACCGUGGAACACUUUUUCCUGGUUAAUCACGAUCAUUAUUUAACUAGUCAGGUUGUAAAUAAUGCAAACAAACUUGCAAAACUGGUUGAGGAAAAGAAGAAGCAGCAGAAUUGGUUUGAUUACUACCAGUUAAAGUAUUUGAGAAGCAAUCAGUCGAAACGCCCAAGAACGAAGACUGGUUUUCUUGGUCUCUGUGGAACUAAAGUUGAUGCAAUCGAUCACCAGACUGCUGAAAUUCAAAGAUUAUCAAAAGAAAUUGAGGAAGAGCAAGAGAGGGUUAAAAAUGACACAAAAGCUAUAAUGCCAGCAGCGUUUGUCUCCUUCAAAACAAGAUGGGCUGCUGCAGUAUGUGCACAAACACAACAAUCACGAAACCCAACUUUAUGGCUAACAGAGUGGGCUCCAGAGCCCCGUGAUGUGUACUGGGAAAACCUGGCGAUCCCAUAUGUUUCGCUGACCAUAAGGAGGCUCAUCAUUGGGGUUGCCUUCUUUUUCCUCACCUUCUUCUUCAUGAUUCCCAUCACAUUUGUCCAGUCUCUUGCUAACAUUGAAGGAAUAAGAAAAAAGGCUCCAUUUUUUAAGGCGAUUUUUGACAUGCCUUUUAUCAAGUCAUUCAUUCAAGGCUUUCUACCAGGCAUUGUGUUGAAGAUCUUCCUUAUGCUCCUACCAACUAUAUUGAUGUUCAUGUCCAAAUUUGAAGGCUUCCCAAGCUUAUCAUCAUUGGAGCGACGGUCUGCUUCCAGAUAUUAUAUUUUCAACUUCGUGAACGUUUUUCUUGGUAGUGUUAUUGUUGGAGCUGCGUUCGAACAACUAAACACCUUCCUCCACCAGUCCGCAAACGAGAUCCCUAAAACCAUUGGUGCUGCAAUCCCAAUGAAAGCGACAUUCUUCAUAACCUACAUAAUGGUCGAUGGGUGGGCCGGAGUCGCCGGGGAGAUUUUGAGGUUGAAAGCAUUGAUAAUCUUCCAUCUCAAGAACAGUUUUUUGGUCAAGACCGAAAAGGACAGGGAAGAGGCCAUGAAUCCGGGGAGCCUUUGUUUCAAUGUUGGGGAACCCCAAAUACAACUCUACUUUUUGUUAGGCCUUGUCUAUGCCGUUGUCACCCCUAUCCUUCUUCCCUUCAUCAUCAUCUUCUUUGCCUUGGCUUACGUUGUUUUUCGACAUCAGAUCAUAAAUGUGUACAACCAAGAGUAUGAGAGUGGAGCAGCAUUCUGGCCAGACGUCCAUGGACGCAUAAUAUUUGCCUUAGUCUUCUCUCAAUUCUCAACAUUGGGAUUGUUGAGCACAAAACGCGCUGCGCAGUGCGCGCCGUUCCUUAUUGCCCUCCCGAUAUUAACCAUCACAUUCCAAUACUACUGCAAAGGCCGCUAUGAGUCAGCUUUCACCAAACUUCCAUUGCAGGAAGCCAAGAUGAAGGACACUUUAGAACAUGCAAGGGAACCUCACUUCAACUUGAAGGUGUACCUUAAAAACGCGUACGUCCACCCGGUCUUCAAAGGCAAGGACGACACGUACGGGUACGACGAAAUCAGUGAAAAAGGAGACCUAGAGGAGGGCGUGGUGGUCCCCACCAAACGUCAGUCCCGGCGAACCACGCCCGCUCCCAGCCAAGGUAGCAACUAGGCCCUCACCUAGUUGAGUUAGGUUUGCUAACAAGGCUUUUGUAAAAUAUAUGUGUAUAAUUAGAUGUGUUUUCCUUCAAGGUAUUGUAAAUUGUAAAAUCAAGUUGUCCAAUACAAAAUGUGGGCCUAU